CGCCACCACCAGCGCGGCGCUCAAUGCCAACUCCGCACUCCGCUGACACUCAGCGCACCCCGUGUCUCUCUCUCUCUCUCUGGGCGCGCGCGUCUCUCCCUCGUCUCCUGUCGCCUCCACUUUAACUAUACCGAGCUCCAAAGCGGACAUCAUCGUCGUCGUCUCGCCUAUCCACGCUCCGCGCCUGUCCUCUGACAAGCGUGGACAUAGCCCAUCCGUCCGUCGAAGCAGCCCCAACCAACGCCCUUCCCCGAGACAUCCAUCCAUCGACCCUCUCAACGUCUCACCUUCCUCACCUGCGCAGGCACCUCGACCUUCCCAGCCGCCGCCGCCACCAUCCCGUCAUCGAAUCCGCUCGCUCCGAUCUCCUCCGAUGGCCUCCGAGCUGCGCUCUCGACCUUUCUGGCGAGCGGUCUUCGCGGAAUUCUUGGCCACGGCCGCCUUGGUGGCUCUCGGGAUAGGCUCGACACUCAGGUGGGGACGCGCCGACGGCUCCGUGGAUGUCGUGCGCGUGUCUCUGGCAUUCGGGCUCGCGGUGGCCACCCUGGUGCAGUGCGUGGGUCACGUGAGCGGUGGACACCUCAACCCUGCCGUCACGUUUGGCCUCCUGGUGGGGUGCCGGCUGAGCGCGCCACGCGCCCUCUUCUACAUGGUGGCGCAGGUGAGCGGGGCCCUGGCGGCCUGCGGCCUCCUCUACGGCCUCACCCCUGCCGUGCAGCGCGGCUCCCUUGGCCUCAACUCGCUGGGACCCGGCGUGACCCACGCGCAGGGCUUCGGCGUGGAGGUGCUCAUCACCUUCGCGCUGGUCCUCUGCGUCCUCGCGUCCACGGACUCGCGGCGUCGCGACGUGGGCGGCUCGCUGCCCCUGGCCGUGGGCUUCGCGGUGGCGCUGGGCCACCUGUUCGCGAUCAACUUCACCGGGUGCAGCAUGAACCCGGCUCGCUCCUUUGCUCCCGCCGUGCUAACGAGGAAUUUCAAAGACCACUGGGUGUUCUGGCUGGGCCCGCUCAGCGGAUCGCUGUGCGCUGCCCUCUUCUACGACUUCCUGCUCGCCCCGCGCUCCGUGCCUCUGCGAGCGCGGCUCAGGGCUCUCCGCUCGGGGCCCCUCGAAGAGGCUUCGCCCGCACCCCACGACUCGACCGAGAGCCCAGACGACAUCAAGCUGUGACCCCCCCACCCCCACCCCGCGUUCUCCCCCGGCCCCCCACCGCGCCCGCGUACACCGGUGUUGCUUUGCUUUUCGGUUCUGGUAGAUUUUCGACGGAGAUGACGCUGCGGCCGCGCGAGGCGUACGGCGCUCCGCUGCGU